AUGUCUGACCCCUCCAUGAACAGUCCCGACGCCAAUGCCCACAAGCGCAAGCGCGAAGGUUCCGACGAUCUUGGCCACGACCCGCAGCGUCUGAACCGUUCAUCUCACGGCAGUCACGGCAGUAUGGGUGACCCUCAAUCCAACUUCGGCCACAGCUUGGCCAACUACGACCACGGUCUGCCCAACACGGGUGCUGAACUCAACAUCGACCAGCAAAUCCUUCAGCAUGUCGGCCACCAGAACGGCAUGUCUGAUGACAAUACUUUGACCGCCAAGGCCGCGCUGGCCGCACACCCUCAACACAAAUAUCCGCCGCCACCCGAUGCUGCUUUUGAUGCGAACAACCUCGCUUCGGGCCUGAGCUUUGGUGAUGACAUGGGCCAGCCUCUCGGUGGCCACAAUCAUUCCACUGCCGCCGCCGUCUAUGCUGCUCGUGAGGCACAAAGCAUGAGCCAGAAACCUACAGUUGGUUCCCCUGAGUGGCACCAGAUCCGCAAGAACAACCACAAAGAAGUUGAGCGUCGUCGCCGUGAGGCUAUCAACGAAGGGAUCAACCAAAUCGCCCGCUUGGUGCCGAACUGUGACAAGAACAAAGGCGCUAUCCUCCAACGCGCCAUCGAGUACAUCUGCCAGCUGCAGGAUGACAAGAAGCGCAUUGAGCAGCAGUUCGAGAGCCAUAGUCUUACUACCGACCAUGCCAUCAAUGAGAUCAGCGCCGCAAACUCCAAGCUGAAGGCCGAGCUCGACCGUCACAACGCCAUGGGGCUUAAGUGGCUCCAGCGCUGCCGCGACAACGGUCUGGAAUAUGAUGACUACGAGGAUGCUAAGGAGUUUGAGGUCGAGAAGCUUGACUAG